AUUUUCUUUCCAAAGAGAAAACAUUAUUAUAUUUAACAAGUUUAAAUUGAAGCUAUCAAAAAUGAUACAUAAAAGUGCAGUUGUGUUUUUGUUGACCACAAUUAUAAUGGUUCAGGCUGCACAUUUUAAAGUAACUUCCCAGAUUAAUUUGGACAUUUCAAUUGAUAAUAAGAGCAUUGGCACCAUAACCGUUGGUUUAUUUGGAGAUGAUUCACCAAAAACUGUGGAAAAUUUUCGACAAAUUUGUCUUCAAGGGAUCAAUGGACGAUCUUACAAUAAUACACGAUUCCAUCGUGUGAUAGACAGAUUUAUAAUUCAGGGCGGGGAUAUUUUGUCUGGUGAUGGUCGUGGUUCGGUAAGCAUUUAUGGAAAGUAUUUUGAAGAUGAAAAUCUAACAGUGGAUCACUCCGGCCCCGGUUUAAUUGGCAUGGCAAAUGCAGCAAAAGAUAAAAACGGUUGUCAGUUUUAUAUUACAACAAUGGAAUCACGGUGGCUUAAUGGAAAACAUACCAUUUUUGGAAAAGUGGUGAAUGGUGCCGCGUAUGUACAUGUUAUUGAAAAGUCUGCCACAGAUGAGAGUCGAAGGCCGAUAAAGGAUAUUGUAAUUACGAAGUGCAGUGAUCAGCCGAUGUUUUCGUCAUACUAUUAUGUCAGCGAUAAUCCAUACGAUUUAUACGCAUGGAUAAGAGCUUCAGCAAUUCCAUUGGGAUUUAGCUUUGGCGUGCUGGGACUUUUCCAUUUACUCAUUCGAAAGCUAGAUAGAAUAUCAAAAGCAAGUGAAGAAUUCGAGAAGGAGCAGAAGUCCAAAUAAAACGCUGUUUUUUUUUCAAUUUCAAGUAUCGUAUAUAAUUCGGUUUUAAUCAAUUUAAAAUUUAAUUUCCAUCUUGUAGAUUAAGAUGCCUUAAGAACUAUUUAUGUUUGGGGUCUAUAAAAGAAUGAUUUUACGUUAUUGUAACAAUGUAACAUGAACUAACUAAAACAUGUGUGUAUAGAAUUUAGAAUACAUAUUUAAAUUCAUGUACAAUCGAACAUAUAAUGGUUACAACAUAAUUUGUUAUUCCGCCGUUUGGUUCUGUGUGUUGCUUAAAUGUUAAAUAAAACUAAAAUAAAAGCGAA